UGGGAUAUCAAUUACGUCUGCUUGAUGCCUGAGAGGCUGAACCAUGGCAUUCAUACUGUCCGCCGAACCAUACAAAUCCUCAAGUAUACCGAGGCGCUCGGCCGAAUACUCUUCCUAAUACAUCGCAUCAAUUUCAAAAAACGGACGUGCGCAGAGAAAUCGUUCGAAUACAUUUGAGAAACAAUAUUGCAGCGUCGGUCCGUUACUGCCAGUCCUAACUUCCUCUCUCUCGAGUUCCAUCAACUGCGAAGUCGCAGUUCAUCGGCUAAUAUGUCGCUCAACGCUCCUGAGAACGAAACUAGCGAUAACAGUAUCGAGGACUUGCGCUCGAAUUCAUUCCUAUGGUAUAAAAUACACGUUUUCCUCUGGGACCUUCGAAAUUUUCAAGAAAAGGACUCUCAAGCCCGUCUCGACAACGUGAUAGACAGCUCAUACCUCUGUCUACCAUACUUCACCCCAGAGGAGGUCAACCAACUAAAGACAACAAAGGUUCAGGAUAAGAAAACUCUUAGUGAUAUUAUCUCAGAAACUCUCAAUGAACGUCUAGAACGUCGAAUGAAAAAGCGAGUUGAGAGCGGUGAAUUCCGCGUCUGCGCUGCCCAUGACCUUGCACCAAUCUUCGAGAAAGCGCUCUGUAUCAAGCCGAAAGACCUUGAACGAGACAGCACUCUCCUAGGCCUGAUCAAACAAUUCGGACUGAAGCUAGAUAAUGAACAGCUGAAGGUAUGGUCUGGGGCAAUAAAGAAUUCUAAGACUGUCCGAACUCCUGGACAGAGGGGGAAAAAAGGAUCCGCUAAGGGUAGCUAUCUGAAGCAGAGGGUUGGAGUCCUUGAUCCAAACUCCUAGCCUUGUCUUAGAGGGGAGGAUACCUUCAUUUUAUAAGGCGAAUGGACUGUGCUCCGAUUUCGCCUUUUUUCGACGGUUAUCAUCCGUCUGCAACAAUGGAACAUGAUCAAAUGAACGCGUUAUACCAGUCCUCGGAUAACAGUCCCUCGAAAUCCGAACUAUAUGUACGGUUUUACAGGAACUGACGCCGUUAUCUGACAGUUCUACAGGAGUACCGGGACUGAACAAUCAGAUCGAAACGUUGAUCCGGCUGCUGCAAUGUCAGCUUAACCGGGACAGUGCCUACUAUUGAAUAUAUUCUUUCGCUGCAUGUCAUAGAAGGGUAGAGAACUAGAGAUAAAGAGCACCCGAAAGGCCGAGCAACGCCCCGAAGUAUGGAGUACUCUGUACUUACUCUAGUGAAGGAGCGGAAGUGUCCGUGCAGAAUGGUCUCGCUAACAUCGCGGCCGCCCUGCCAGCUUCCGUGU